UAACAACUAUAUUUUUAUUACCUGCAAAUUAAUAUUAUAAUAAAAUAAAAACAAAUAGAUAAUAAAUAUUCAAAUGUCUCAUAACCAUUGUCACAAUGAAUGCCACGAUCACGACCACUCAAGUUCAGAGGAAUUGGGUAUUCAAUAUAACCUUUACGAAAAAAUUGAUAAGGAUAAUUUACAGUGUUUGAAUGAGAUGGUGGAAGGAUCAGGUAAAACAGUGUUUAAGCCAUGGGAAAUGCGACAUGAUACAACUCAUUUUGUGGAGAGUGAUGCAGAUGAAGAACUCCUUUUCAACAUCCCAUUCACUGGCAAUGUUAAACUUAAAGGCAUAAAGGUAGCAUCAGAAAAUUCAGAUGCACACCCAUCUAAGUUGAGACUAUUUAAAAACAAACCUAACAUGACAUUUGAUGAUGUCACCAUGGAACCAGAUCAGGUGUUUGAACUUCACAGAGACAGUGAAGGUGUAUUAGAAUAUGCUCCCAAAAUCGUCACGUUUUCUUCUGUAACCCACUUGACUAUGCACUUUCCGAGUAACUUCGGUGCUGACAACACGAAAAUUUAUUAUAUCGGCUUAAAGGGGGAAUGGGCGCCGGGACACAAGCACGGCGUCACCAUUUGUACAUAUGAAGCUAGGCCCAAUCUCGACGAUCAUAAACUAAAACAUUUAGAUUCUGUAUCCAGGCAUAUAGAUUAGGCAAUUUAGUGUCAUACUUUCAUAUUCGCUCGGCCUUAUAGUCUUAAGAUACGUUAUAUAUGGUCGACCUUCACCCAUACGUCUGUAGGAUGAAACUUAUAUUUUGUGAAAGAAAAUAUGUUCCUGAACAUAAAUAAAUAGGGUUGCCUAAUGAAAUAUGGUCAAGGCUAUUUUUAAUAAAUUUUUGAAAAUAAUUUUUUUGUUUAAAUUUCACCGAUUUGUCUGACGAACGAAAUAAGUUCCAAUGGAAAGUAUACAACUUCUACAACAUGAAUAAAUUAGGUUUCCUAUGUUUUUCCGGUCACUAUUAUGAGGUUGCCGUGUUUAAACAGGUGAGUUAAAAUCGAUAAUUGCACCCAUCUGUCUGACGCUUGAAUUAUAUAUUAAAAUAAUAGUAAUUUUAUUGCGAAUACAAUGGUAUAGGAUUGCCUGCAAAAAUCCGGUUACAAAUAAGGGUUGCCAGGCUUUUAAAGAAAAUAAGAAGGAAAGACUUUUAGCGAUAACUCAAAAACGGCUUAACUGAUCACGAUUAUUUUAACUAUUUUCGAAUGUGUUUAUUAAUCACUAUUUUUGUGAUUUUUUUCAUAAUUUUUGGAUCAAUGGUUCAAAAGUUAGAAGGAAAAACCCUUUUUUUUUUCUUUCUAAAUAAUUAUUUCCGAAAUGAUUCACUUUAUCAAAAAAUGUUGUUCUAAGACCCCUAUUUAUUUUGAAAGACCUAUCCAACGACACCCCACACCAUAGGGUUGAAACGAUAAAAAAAUUGUCACACACAUUUUGUUUCUUUCAAAGCGAUUAUUUCCGAAAAUAUUCACUUUAUCAAAAAAUGUUUUUCUAAAACCCCUAUUUAUUUUAAAAGAUCUAUCCAACGACAUCCCACAUCAUAGGGUUGAAACGAAACAAAAAAUCCUUACAUACAUUUUGUUUCUUUCGAGGCGAUUAUUUCCGAAAAUAUUCACUUUAUCAACAAUUGAUUUUUGAAAAUCUGUAUUAAUUUUAAAAGACCUAUCCAACAAUAUCCGGCACUAUAGGUUUCAAAUGAAAAAAAAAAUCCUUACAUACAUUUUGUUUCUUUCGAAGGGAUUAUUUCCGAAAAUCUAAAAUUGAUUAUAGAAGACCCCUAUUCAUUUUAAAAGACCUAUCCAACAAUAUCCGGCAUAUCAACCCUAUAGUUGAAACGAAAAAUUUUACAUAUAUUUUGUUCUUUUAAAAGUGAUUAUUUCCUAAAAUAUUCACUUUAUCCCUAUGGUGUGGGAUAUCGUUGGAUAGGUAUUUUAAAAUGAAUAGGGGUUUUGAACAAACUUUUUUUGAUGAAGUUACUGUUUUCGAAAAUAAUCGCUUCUAAAGGAACAAAAUAUAUGUAAAAAAAAUUUUUCGUUUCAACCCUAUAGUGCCGGAUAUUGUUGGAUAGGUCUUUUAAAAUGAAUAAGGGUCUUCAAUGAUCAAUUUUAGAUAAAGUGAAUACUUUCGGAAAUAAUCCCUUCGAAAGAAACAAAAUGUAUGUAAGGUUUUUUUUUUCAUUUCAAACCUACAGUGCCGGGUAUUGUUGGAUAGGUCUUUUAAAAUGAAUACAGGUUUUCAAAAAUCAAUUGUUGAUAAAGUGAAUAUUUUCGGAAGUAAUCGCCUCGAAAGAAACAAAAUGUAUGUAAGGAUUUUUUGUUUCGUUUCAACCCUAUAAUGCGGGAUGUCGUUGGAUAGGUCUUUUAAAAUAAAUAGGGGUUUUAGAAAAUCAUUUUUUGAUAAAGUGAAUAUUUUCGGAAAUAAUCGCUUUGAAAGAAACAAAAUGUGUGUGACAAUUUUUUUAUCGUCUCAACCCUAUGGUGUGGGGUGUCGUCGGAUAGGUCUUUCAAAAUAAAUAGGGGUCUUUGAACAAAUUUUUUUGAUAAAGUGAAUCAUUUCGGAAAUAAUUAUUUAGAAAGAAAAAAAAGGGUUUUUCCUUCUAGCUUUUGAACCAUUCAUCCAAAAAUUAUGAAAAAAAUCACAAAAAUAGUGAUUAAUAAACACAUUCGAAAGUAGUUAAAACAAUCGUGAUCAGUUAAGCCGUUUUUGAGUUACCGCUAAAAGUCUUUCCUUCUUAUUUUCUUUAAAAGCCUGGCAACCCUUAUUUGUGACCGGAUUUUUGCAGGCAACCCUAUACCAUUGUAUUCGCAAUAAAAUUACCAUUAUUUUGAUAUAUAAUUCAAGCGUCAGACAGAUGGGUGCAAUUAUCGACUUUAACUCACCUGUUUAAACACGGCAACCUCAUAAUAGUGACCGGAAAAACAUAGGAAACCUAAUUUAUUCAUGUUGUAGAAGUUGUAUACUUUCCAUUGGAACUUAUUCCGUUCGUCAGACAAAUCGGUGAAAUUUGAAGAAAAAAAAAUAUUUUCAAAAAUUUCUUAAAAAUAACCUUGACCAUAUUUCUUUAGGCAACCCUAUUUAUUUAUGUUCAGGAACAUAUUUUCUUUCAUAAAAUACAAGUUUCAUCCGUCAGACGUAUGGGUGAAGGUCGACCAUAUAUAACGUAUCUCCUACUAUUACUAAAGUUGAUCCAAUCUAAUUCAAUUACACAGAAAAAUAUAUGUCACAUAAAUACAGAUAUACUACCAAUACGAGUAGUAGCGCCGUUAAUUGACUUUAAUAGGUUUAACUUGUAUCAGCCAGAUUGCAACCUAAUUUAUAACCCAUGUGUUUACGAGUAUACCUAAAGAUUGCAAGAUUUUGUUAUUUAUGAAGGAAAGGGAAAUGUCCUACAUUAUUUUUAAAUAAAAUAUUUUUAUUA